ACGCGCAUGAUACACUCGAGGAAAAGUAACCAUUUUUUCAGCGGUGACUUCGCAAUGACAGGUCUGUGGGAAAAUGUAUCGGUGGGAAGCUGCUCACGGAUUUUUCAUAUACUGAAAAUGUGGAAGGUGUCUAGGAAGAUCUACUCAACUCUUAUAACAUAAUGGCAUGUCGCAGUGCUUGUUGCUGUGGGUUCGGUCCAGUGAACGAGGAUAACGCACGGUUCGUGAUGCUGGCACUUUUUAUCAUCAUCUACCUGCUCUGCGGAGCCGCGGUCUUCUCUGCACUUGAGCACCCAAAAGAGAAACAAGCGAAGGAGAAGUGGGCUCAGCGGUUUGAACAGUUUAGUCAGAGGCAUAAUCUGAGCAAAAGCGACCUGGAGAAGUUUCUCAGGCACUACGAGGAGGCGAACGUGGCCGGCAUCCGUGUGGACAUGCUCCGACCUCGUUGGGAUUUCACCGGCGCGCUCUACUUCGUCGGUACAGUGGUCUCCACAAUCGGGUUUGGAAUGACCACUCCAGCCACUGUGGGAGGGAAGGUAUUCCUCAUCUUUUACGGUCUGAUCGGGUGUGCGGCCACCAUCUUGUUUUUCAACCUCUUCCUGGAGCGCAUCAUCACCGUGCUGGCGUACGUGCUCAAGUCCUGCCACGAGCUGCAACGCCGGCGGAAAGGCGUGGCACCACAGGACGGUGCUGGUGACCGCGGCACGGGCGCCGCCGCCGCCAUCAGGGGUCCGCCGUCAGACAGCCUGGCCGGCUGGAAGCCGUCGGUGUACUGCGUGAUGCUGAUCCUGUGCGUGGCGGCCGUGGUCAUCUCCUGCUGCGCCUCGGCCAUGUACUCGGCCGUGGAGGGCUGGGCCUACCUGGACUCGCUGUACUUCUGCUUCGUGGCGUUCAGCACCAUCGGCUUCGGGGACAUGGUGAGCAGCCAGCGGGCGGCGUACGGCGCCAACCAGUCGGCCUACCGCCUCGGCAACUUCCUGUUCAUCCUCAUGGGCGUGUGCUGCAUCUACUCGCUCUUCAACGUCAUCUCCAUCGUCAUCAAGCAGGUGCUCAACUGGCUGCUGAGGAAGAUGGAGGUGCCGUGCCGGCACUGCCCGCGCAAGGCCUUCCACCCGCGCAGGAACGCCGUGAUGCCAGGGCACCCGCGCGUGCGCCGCAACAUCUCCAUCGACACGGACGCCAUCAGCGAGACGGACGGCCGCAGGAUGUCGGGCGAGAUGAUCUCCAUGAGAGACUUCCUGGCCGCCAAUAAGGUGAACCUGGCCAUCAUGCAGAAGCAGCUGUCGGAGACGGCCAACGGGCACGUCUGUCCACCUGGGUCCAGCAGUCGGCACAACGAGUUCUCCGGAGGCGUUGGCGCCUUGGGCAUCAUGAAUAACCGCCUGGCAGAGACCAGCGUGGACAGAUGAGUUGCAGGAAACACUGACAAAAAAGACAAACAUGACCAAACAUGUAGACAAAUCAUAAGCAGUUUGCACUGUCCUCCUCUGAGAUGAAAUCUCGGAAGAGGCUGAAUGGGAGAAACAGGAGAACAAGGAGUAUAUUUUUUCACGCUUUUUCAUUGUUGUGAUAAAAUAUUUAACUGAA